AUGAGUGCUCGUCACCGGAAGGACAUUUCUAAGAAAGCUUGUAUGCGAUGUCGCCACCAGAAAAGGCGAUGCGACAGAGCUGUUCCUGAAUGCGGACUCUGCCUAAGACUUCAUCAAACAUGCGAAUACGAAGGACUUGAAUUGCCCCCCUUGGACCUGAGCCGCCUAACUCCGUCACCCUCCCCUAGGGUAGAUCUCCUCAGCUCAGACACGUUGACCCCAAGCCAGGUCAAAGAUACUAUCAUAGAAAAACUCGGAUCAAUCUCGCCUGAGGAAGUUUCCUCUGAAUAUACCCAAUCAAUCGAUCCUUGGUUUCCCAUCAUCUCAUACACAUUACAGGGCCAGCUCCCAUCAUCCUGGAACGAAGCUUCGCUCGAUUUCACAAUUCUAUGCCUCUGCAUUAUUAUGCUUAGUACUAACCCACCUCCCUCUUCAGAAUACAGAGAUAAUCCUUCCAGAUUCAAGGCCUUGUACCUAUGUACCAAAAGUUGGAUUUCGUUGAUCGAAGGUUUUGGUGCCAACUCUCUCGAGCUUGUCCAAGCAAGGAGUUUGGUGACUUUGUUCGAAGUUGCACAUGGCCUCUACCCAGCAGCUUAUAUUUCCAUUGCAGCUACAGUCAGAGCAGCCGAUGCGCUUGGAAUACAUCCUAGUUCACAAACAUCGCCUAUUCACUCUUCAAGCGAUGAGGCAAAGAAGCAAGAGGCAGUAUUUCUCUGGUGCGGAAUCCAUGUUCUAGACAGAUGCAUAGCAAUAGAAUCCGGAUCUCGGCUAUCUCUUACUCGCUUGCUCACUCCCGACAUCCAUGACCUCCUCAAGGAAACAUUCUGCCCUACCCUCCUCGAACGAGAUUGCACAAGUCUUGUCUGCCGACUCUCACGUCUCUUCGAAGCCUCCACCCUACUCGAUAAAAUGCACACCACGCUACAAAAUCCCACCGCGGAGCACAUGUUCAACGUGGAAGAAGUAUUGUUGUUGGUCAACACAUCAAUCAAUCUUCAGACGAUUCUAAUGAAAGAGAUUGGAGAUGAGAAUAAAAUAUAUUCCGGUGGGCUGGAACUUUGCAAUACUGGCUUGCUCCUAGCAUACGAAAACGGCAGUAAAGUCCCUAUUGUUGAUGAAAUAGCUGCGAAUUGCAAUGAAAUAGCUGCAACAUCUCUCACCUCUCUCCUGACCGCCGUAACUACCACAGUUGAACCUUUUGUCAGUGGCGCCGAAACCAUAGAUUUCAGCCGCCUUCCUCCGUUUAUAAUCUUUCUGGUGUAUAAAACUGCAGCGCUAGUAACGGAAAGACUAUUGAUGGGAAUUGAUUCGAAUGAGGGAUUGAAAAGGUUACGAAUUCUAAGGACCUUUUUGCGGAUGGUGAGCGCAAGGUGGUUGUGUUGCGAGCGUUACCUCGAACUUCUCAAUGAUGAUACAACACCGCGGAUUCUGAAAUCUAUAGAGCAAUAG